AUGGUAGGCUAUGUGGGAAAGAUCGCACCACUCAAGCUCGCGGCAUUUAGACUUGCUUCCUUGGUGUUUCGCAAGGAUGACAAGGCACUCGCCAGUCUCUAUAAGCUGGGCUACACCGGCGAGCGUGGCGCACAUCGGCUCUUGCUCUUCCAAGUCCCGCUCGAAGAAGUCGAGAGAGAAACCGCAGGCGUCACCUACGCCGAAUGCUUCCGCAAAUCCAACCUCCGUCGUACAAUAAUCAGCGCCAUGCCCAUGUGCAUCCAAUCACUUUCCGGCAUCGCCUUCGUCGCAGGCUACUUCACCUACUAUCUCCAGCUAGCCGGAUACUCAACCAAGAAAAGUUUCCAAAUGCAGAUUGCACAGCCCGUUCUAUCCAUUGUAGGUAACCUCAUGGCCGCCGCCAUCAUCGACAAAGUCGGUCGCAGAGCCCUCACCUUCUACGGCUUGAUCAUCCUCACCACAUUCCUCCUCAUCACCAGCGGCCUCGGCACCGUCGCCCUAAUCCUCAUCUACUCAUGGUGGUACAACGUCUCCAUCGGCUCCACCGCCUUCUCACUCCUCGCUGAGGUCUCCACCUCUUUUCUACGCUACACACCGUCGCGAUUGGCCUCGCGCUCAGCUCCGCCAUCAAUGUCACGUGGCAGUUCACUAUCCCGUACAUGUUCAACCCGGACCAAGCCAACCUAG